GGAAUCUCGACAGCGGGGUAUCAGGGGAGUCGGGGGGCUUCCAUGGACUUGCCCUAUUGUGCGAGAGCAUUGAUGACACGCAGGCUGGCUUGUUUCCUUUCUCUUUCAUUUUUCUCAUGUUUGCAGCCGCGUUCUUGUGCUUGAGUCUCAAGCUUGCUGGACUAAGCCUUAAAGGUUGUGCAAGUGAUGAGAGAAUAGGCGAUAGAUGACGACAAGGCGCAUGUGAUCCGAGUCCCGGUCGCCUGCCUAACACAACGCUUUUAUCAUAUCUGGCCAGCCAUUGUUUCCUCUCCAUCUUCUGCUUUUACCUAAAGAAUCACUCCGCAGUCGAGCCGAAAUACCAGGCCCGCCCAUUCGCGGUUUCCGAAAGCAUUCGCCCGACACAAAUCACACAGGCCGUGCCAAUGCCUUCGUCUGAUAUCGCCAGUCCAGACAUCGCGGCAAUCAUCGCGCCAGUGCUCUCAGCCCUGCCUGGUGCGGCUGUCUCAACAGAGCCUGCCACGACAGUCUUGCCAUUUCUUACGCCAAUCCUCCGGCAGCGGGUUCAAGUCUUUUCGUCUCCCAGCCAAGAGCCAUCCGGUUCAUCUCAGGGCUCGGAGCCAUGGAUUCGUCUCCUGACAUACGACGCCGUGAAGGUCGCUCAGCUGACCAAAGUCGCCCAGAGUGGUAGCUUAGACCCCCAUCCAGUGUCUGGUGAGAUCGAGGUCGACUGGGAUUGCGACAUCGGCGUCAGGUACAAGAGGCUAGACGAAGAAACACUGCAAGCAUUGGUGGUUUUGAAAGAGCUGGGCCUCUUCUUCCGGCUUGAGUACUGCAUGCACGACUCGAUUGAUGGCGGUGCCGGAUGGCGUGUUGGGGAAAUCAGGGUCGCCGAUUCCUCGUUCCUCAUCUCCUUUGGCGGUUUCCCCGAUAUACGGCAAGCUGAGAAGGAGUUCCAGGCGGCCAAAGCGGCAGUCAAUAGCCGGCCCAUCGUCAACGGCAGCCUGGCGGCAAACAGCAGCCAAGGCAGUUGGAGUGCGCAGGACCCCGCAGAUGAUGAAGACGACGACGAUGAUUACUGGGCUCGAUACGACGCCACACCGUCACGAACACCCGCCGCAAAGCACUCCCCUGCCCCUCGGGCACCUACGCAAGCGUAUGGAUCCAGUAUCCAGCGCAGCCAGUCCGCCGAGGCUGAAGACGCAUAUUUUGCCCAGUACGACUCGGUCCAGCCAGCAAUGGACAACCACGACCCCGACGAGCAGGCCGUUCUUGACGAACACGUUGAGUCACUUCCGUCGCUUGGGCUUGCAAAACCACAACCCGCCCAAGGCAACGGAACAUCAACAACAAUAACAACGACCAACCAGAAAAACACCACCAGCAACGACGGCCCGGCUCUGGCCCAGCCCAUCCCCAUCAAACCCAACUCGGUCCGCUCGUCGGCCUCGCACGGCAGCGGCAGCGGCAGUAGCAGCCAGGAGGAGUCGUGGGUGAUGGCGCAGCCGCGGCCCGGGUCGAGCGCGAGCGCCAGCUCGUCCAACGGGUCUCAGACGGUCGCGCGGCUCGAGGGCGCCGCCGAGACGCGCCAGCAGGCCGAGUUUGGCGUCAGGCAGCACAUUGCGCGCAGCAUCCGCAGCCUCUUCCUACUGUCGCGGGCGUCGGGGAUCGAUCGGGACGAGUUUGAGAGGAUGGUCCGGAUGGAGUUGGAUGUGCUCGGUAUGGUUGAAGACAGUAUUUGAGAGAGGCGGGGCUGUCUGCAGUGGCACGUGUUGGAUCUAUCUGUCUGUUGCUCGCAUGUUAUGGAGAGGGUUUGUGUUCGGUUCUGUCAUUCCAGCCAAAUGGGAGGUUUCGUUACUGAUCUGUCUGCUCUGUUCUACCUACCUUAGUCAAGAGUGCAUCUGAGAUGGAGUUGUAGGAGUUCGUAGGAAUAUCUGGUUGUAACAAGCAUUUAUGUUAAGAGACAUUUGGCCAAGCAGCCGUGGAACCACGAAUAACUAUCCAGUGAGCAAAGCAUCUUGACUUGUGGAAUUUGACAC